AUGGGCUGGGUAGGUAGCGCUCUCAAGGCCUCUGCGGCCUACCUGCCACAUCAAGUGUCCGAAGUGUUUGCUCAAGACCGCUCAUUUGCGUGGGCGAGAGUGCCUAUGUCUGGUCCCGCAGUCGUCAGCUCAACCGGACAGACAGUUGGUGGAGGUGGCGGCCCUGGAAGCUUGCCCAGCUCUGGAUACGGUUCCACGGGGUCAGCGGAUUCAGGUCGGCUAAAUUUUUAA